AGCUGAAAGAGCAGCAGGGUAAAGUGGUUAAACGCAAAGGGUAUAGGAGAUGAACAUAGGAUAAUGUCUGUCUGCAAGAGAAAAAAAAAUUGAAUGGAAAGUUCUGAACUGAAUCAUCACAGUCUUCUUCUACCCACCAAGCUUUAUAAGCUAUCACUCAAUUAGAGCCCCAAAGUUCUCAUCUUUUUCCUUAUCUGGGAUACCCUUUUGCUUCAACUGUGCAAUGGCAUCAACCCCAACUACCCCAUCCCACUUUUCCUCCGUUCCUCCGAGACCCUCCAACAACAACCAACGCCACCACCAUAACCAGAACAGGAGCCAGCACCGCCGCAAUAACAACCGCAAUCGGUGGGCUUCUUCUUCUUCUUCUUCUUCCACCAGGUAUUAUUCACCUGCAUCAAGUGCAGGUGCAGGUGUUCCCUCUGCAGCUGCCACUGCCUCAGCUGCAUUUUCAUCUUCUCUGAGUCCGUGGCUCGGUGGCCAGAAAACCCAGCUUGCGCCCGAGUUUUCUGGUCGGCGGUCCAAUAGGAACCCAGGGAAGAUGAACUCCGGCGGCCCUAGGGCCGUCCCAAACAACCAGCAGCACUCCAAGGCGGCUGAGGAGGUCCUGCAUAGCCUCACCAACGCUGGUAAUGAUGUUGCUGCCAUAGAUAGUGUGUUGCUUAAUUAUAGGCUUUAUGUUGCUGAGGAUUAUGUUUAUUUGCUUAAGGAGUUUGCCAAUACCGGUGACCUUUUGCUAGCUACUAGGACCUAUGAUUUUGCCAUGAGUAGGGCAACUGAUAGUACUUUCAUGGGGAAGUUGACCAGCAACAUGAUUAGGACUCUUGGUAGGUUAAAGAAGAUUGAGCUUGCUCUGAAUCUAUUUGAAGAGUCUAGGAGUAGAGGGUACGGAAACACUGUUUAUUCUUUUUCUGCCAUGAUUAGUGCUCUUGGCAGGAAUGAUCGCUUUCAGGAGGCUGUGAAUUUGUUUAGGAGCAUGGGAUACUUUGGUUUGGAGCCCAAUUUGGUCACAUACAAUGCUAUUAUCGAUGCAGGGGCCAAAGGGGAAAUUGCCUUUGAAAUAGUUGUUAAGUUUUUGGAGGAGAUGAUAGAUGCAGGUUGUUUGCCAGAUCGGCUUACCUACAACUCACUUCUCAAAACUUGUGUCCCCAAGGGUAGGUGGCAAUUGUGUAAGGAUUUGUUGGCUGAAAUGGAAAGGAAAGGGAUUGGGCGUGAUGUGUAUACUUAUAAUACUUAUGUGGAUGCACUGUGUAAAGGUGGACGGAUGGAUCUUGUCAGGCAUGCUAUUGAUGUUGAGAUGCCUGCUAAGAACAUUUGGCCCAAUGUCGUGACUUAUAGUACUUUGAUGGCUGGCUAUUCUAAGGCUGAGCGCUUUGAAGAUGCCCUAAAUGUGUAUGAUGAAAUGAAGCACCUGUUGAUUCGGUUGGAUAGGGUGUCUUACAAUGCACUGGUUGGACUAUAUGCAAAUCUUGGUUGGUUUGAGGAGGCAGUGUGUAAAUUUAAAGAGAUGGAGAGUUGUGGAAUAAAAAAUGAUGUAGUAACUUAUAAUGCAUUGAUAGAGGGAUAUGGCAGAUACAACAGGUACAUCGAGGUCAGAAAACUAUUUGAUGAGAUGAAAGCAAGACGCAUUUAUCCUAAUGGUCUAACUUACUCGACAUUAAUUAAAAUAUACACUAAAGGUAGAAUGUAUGCUGAGGCAAUGGAUGUUUAUAGAGAGUUCAAGCAAGAAGGCAUGGAGACAGAUGUUGUAUUUUACAGUGCUCUCAUUGAUGCUUUAUGCAAAAAUGGUUUGAUCAAAUCUUCUUUGAGGCUGCUUGAUGUGAUGAUAGAGAAAGGAAGUAGGCCAAAUGUUGUGACUUACAACUCCAUUAUUGAUGCCUUCAGAGUAGGACUGACACCAGCUCUGGAAUGUGGGGUUGAUACUUCUUUUCAAUCCAAUGACCUUCAAAUUAAACAUCCAUCUUCUACUGUGAGUACCUUUCUAGAUCAGAAGACUGACAAUGGGAACAAUGAUGAAAUCAUGAAAAUGUUGGAGCAACUUGCUGCAGAAAAAGCAGGUCUUACGAAGAAGGAUAAGAGAAGCACACAAGACAAUUUGCACAUAGUGCAGAUCUUUCGACAAAUGCAUGAAAUGGAAAUCAAACCUAAUGUUGUCACAUUUUCAGCCAUCUUGAAUGCUUGCAGUUGUUGUGAGACAUUUCAAGAUGCUUCAAAGCUAUUAGACGGGCUCCGUGUGUUUGAUAGCCAGGUCUAUGGUGUAGCACAUGGCCUACUUAUGGGUCAUGGGCAAGGCAUAUGGGAUCAGGCUCAAAGGCUUUUUGAUGAACUUGAGCACAUGGAUUCUUCAACAGCAUCUGCAUUUUAUAAUGCUCUGACUGAUAUGUUAUGGCAUUUUGGUCAGAAACUUGGGGCUCAAAUGGUUGUGAUUGAAGGGAGAAACCGAAAUGUGUGGAAAGGGGGCUGGUCUACUGAAUGCUUAGAUCUACAUCUGACGUCUUGUGGAGCAGCUUGUGCAAUGGUGCAUUCAUGGUUGCUCGAAUUGCGAACCACUGUUUUUGGAGGACAGAAGCCACCUCCUAUAUUGAGCAUAUUAACUGGAUGGGGCAAGCAUAGCAAAGUAGUGGGCAACGGUGCUUUAAGAAAGGCUGUUGAGGCACUCCUGAAUGGCAUUGGUGCACCCUUUCAGAUAGCUGAGUGUAAUUUGGGGAGGUUUGUAUCAGAAGGAACUGAAGUAGCUGCCUGGUUGAGACAACCCAGCACCCUGAAUGUGCUACUUCUUCAUGAUUACAUUGUUUAUUCUCAACCAGUCGAGAGAAACCAAACAUUUAACAUACCAUCUCUUGGAGCUUUGUAGUGAUCAAGUUUUUAAAUCAAGAUUCAAAUUAUGAAUUGCAAAGUUCAUUUUGAAA